GGAUAGAGCCGAAUUCCAUGGAGUCGAUAUUGUGCGAAGCGAUCAAACUGGAGUUCGAAGCGUAUACCUCUGUCAACCAUUGCAGCGGUUCUUCGAGGGAACUCAAUGAGGUGGAGCGCGCGAAAUUAAACGAACUCAUCGUAGCCAACAAAGCCUUGCACGACCCUAUAGAGGACGACGUGUCCCAGCUCAUCGGGGACAACGCCACAGCCAACCUGAGAGAGGGCGGCGGCAAGCACGAUCCACGGCUAGUGACAAUCGUGAACUUAACGGCCGUGGCCAUCCGCCGUUUCAUCAAGAUGGCCAAGAAGAUCAGUGCCUUCAAGAACAUGUGCGAAGAGGACCAGGUGGCAUUGCUAAAAGGCGGUUGCAUAGAAAUGAUGGUGCUAAGAAGUACGAUGACGUACGACGGACAACGAAAACAAUGGAAGAUUCCGCACAGCCAAGAGCAGUUCCGCGAAAUAAACACCGACGUCCUGAAGCUAGCGAAAGGCAACAUCUACCAUUCGUUCACGCACUUCAUCAGCUCGUUCGAGGCGCGUUGGCGAUGCGACGAGCACGUCAUUUUGAUCAUGAGCGCCAUCCUGCUGUUCAGCCCCGACCGGUCCAAGGUCGUGCACCGGGACGUCAUCAAGCUCGAACAG